GUGUUCAUACGAUGUUAGAUACUCCGUAUAUUUUAAGAUUAAGAGUGGGUUAGAGCCUAGAGGUUUGGUAUAUAAAAAAUAAUAAAAGAAUAAGGAAUAAUUUUUGUCUGAUCAAUGAAAGGCAGCUCGGGCUCGUCAAUUCUAAAUCUUGACUCUUCAAAGUUGCGAGAUUUCCAAGUUUCCAUGGUCUGCAACAGUCAGUGAUGAGAAAGUUGCGAGCUUGAGGAAAGUUCGUAGCAUGGAGCAGGGCAGCUGGCUAUAAAAUGCCAAAAUUAAGGCGGCCUCUUUUAAGUUUUGACCCCAAAGAUUAGUGAUUUAUUUGCACCCAUCUAUCGAUCAGCUGGUUCUGUGUGAUUUUUGUGAAAUGGGUUCGUUUGAAACGAAGAUUGAAUCAGACCUCACUGUAAAAGAAGAGGUGGGAGACGUAAAAUCUGAGAUGGGUAUGGAUGAAAAGGAGAAGAACAGCACUGGGAAUCAUACCGUGAAGAAGUGGAGGUUCAAGAAGAGGUACUAUUUCUUCCCGUGCAUGAGAUUGGAUGAUGAGGUGCCGACGGUGGAACGAUCCGCCGGCGACGGGGGCUUCCAGGUGGAGGCUACUGAAAAAGAUAAGAAAUCCACUCACCUGGUUGUUAUGGUCAAUGGCAUUAUUGGCAGUGCUGAGAAUUGGAAAUUUCCUGCCAAGCAAUUUGUGAAGGCCUAUCCACAAGAUGUCAUAGUUCACUGCAGUGAAUCAAAUUCUGCAACAUUGACAUUUGAUGGUGUUGAUGUAAUGGGGAAGAGAUUAGCUGAAGAGGUUACAUCUGUAAUACAACGGUAUCCAAAUCUUCAAAAGAUUUCUUUUAUUGGCCACUCACUUGGUGGCCUGAUAUCGAGAUAUGCGAUUGCCACCCUAUAUGGAAAAGGGUGUGCAGAAAAGCCCAGCAAAGAAAAUGGAGAUUGUGAACUAAACGAAUCUAAUAAUGACUUGCAUUCAGAAGAUUUAUUGAAAGGAAAAAUUGCUGGACUGGAACCGGUGAAUUUCAUAACCAUUGCAACACCUCAUCUCGGUUCAAGAGGGCACAAACAGGUCCCUGCCUUCUGUGGACUUUACUCCCUCGAGAAUGUCAUAUCCCGUGCAUCAGGGAUACUUGGAAGAACGGGAAGGCAUCUGUUUUUGACUGACAGUGAUAAUGGAAAACCUCCUCUUCUGUUACAGAUGGCCAGUGAUUCUGAAGAUCUACCUUUCAUAUCUGCUUUGGAAUCAUUCAGGCGUCGAGUGGCCUAUGCAAAUAUACAUUUUGACCAUAUAGUUGGGUGGAGUACAUCAUCAAUACGGCCCAGAAAUGAACUUCCAAAGCGUAAGAAUCUCAAAAGAGUGGAGAAGUACCCGCAUAUUGUAAAUUUAGAACCAGUAAUAAAGACUCCUACCACUCAAGAACAAGGCUCCGAGAAGACCAAAAGUAGAGCACACAAAGCUAGUUGUAUGGAAGAGGCCAUGAUCAAAGGCUUAACAAAACUGAGCUGGGAGCGUAUAGAUGUUAGCUUCCGUGGAAGUAAACAAAGAUACUUUGCACAUAACACGAUUCAGGUACAAAAGUAUUGCAUUAAUUCUGAUGGAGCUGAUGUUAUACAACACAUGAUCGACAAUUUUGUACUAUAAGUCACGGGAUUAGUUUAAUUAUUUCAAAACAUAAUCGAGGUAUACUAUACGCACAGGUUCUUGUACUAAGAAUAUAAGAAGAAAAAGGUAGUCAGUAAAAUGUAAAAAUAGAUACAGAACCCUGAGUUUAGCUUUACAAUCUGUUAUGCUGCAUGUACUCUUAUCUAAAACAGCAAGAUAUAUCUUCUAUAGUUUUAUAAAUCCAAAGAAAAAGCUUAUAACAGUACAGUUACAUGAACUACAAA